UGCUACCGCAGAUUAGGAUCGUUUCGAAAAAAAAAUAAAUGUACUAUCAUUUUGAUUUUCAAAAAAAUAUCGAUAAAACAACAAAACAGCAGAAAAACUAAAUCUUCAACAAAUUGAUAUUACAGUCAAUAAAAAAAAAAGUUAUUUUAAAAAAUAUCAUUAUAAAUUGAUUAUUUAUUUAUUUUCUUCAGUCAGAAUCGACUAACUGAGCCUGACACCUUUAGGUAACGUGACGAUUUGGAUAUAUUCAAUCGGUAAGUCGUUCAGUCAUCUUUGUGACUUGGUAUUUAGAGCAUGUUUAUUAACAGGAAGAGUUUUUUUUUUGGUGCCAUUUACUUUGAUUUCUGGUGCCUCUCGUAGUUGAUGAACUCAUCAUGCGACACGCACCGUCAUCGCUGUUGGCUUGUCAGCUUUGCUGGAGAGGGUUUGACUGGCCAGAAUUGAUAUCUAAGACAAAUUGAGCUUUCAUUUUUAUGCUCCGAUGCCUUAUAUAAACAUAGGAGAACCACACCGGUAAUCAAGGCAAUUCGAAACAAAAUGAUCUAUUUUUCCAUGGAAAAAUUUUCAAAACGUAAUAAAGAGAUUUCCUCAUCUUUUAAAUUUCCUUGUAUGAUAAUUUUUUAUUUUUUUUUCGAUUUUGAGUAGUAACUGGAAUAAUGAUGGAACAUUAGAUACUAAAAUAAAGUUACUUCCUUGCAUUGAUUUUUUAAAAUAAUUUUUUUACUUCCAAGUAAUUUUUAAAAAAAUAGUUAUAUUUACGUUUUUAAUUGCCAAAACUCACUUGAAUAAAAUGAGCACCGAUAAUAAUCAGUACACUCAAUCGCAUCUUUCUAGAGUAAGUGCAAGCUUGAGGAAUGCUUACUCCAAUACUAAUAUAUAUAUAUAUAUAUAUAUAUAUAUAUAUAUAUAUAUAUAUAUAUAUAUAUAUAUAUAUAUAAUUUUUUUUUUUUGGCUUUCAAUUUCAGGAAGCUCAGGUAGCUCCAAAAAAAAAAAAAAUGAUCAACCAGUUCAUCAAGACUUCUUUCAUUCUUGGCGGCUUCGGCACGCUGCUCAUCCUGCUCGGCAUGGCCAUACCCGCGUGGAUGACCGACUCCAGCAGGGACGUCAGCGCCGGACUCUAUCUCAUCUGUGGACCUGGUGGAUGUGCUUCAGUCAGUUACCAAGGUAGCCAGCAUCUUCGCAAAUACAAAAAAAGUCAACAGGCAAUGUUGAUUACAAUAAAGUUACAACAGGAUACGUCAUUAAAAAAAAAGAAAAAAAAUGUUUAGGAUUCGUCAUUAAAAAAAAAAAAAUUACGAAAAAUGUUGUAACAACAAGUUACAACAUGUUUCGUAAUAAAAAAAAAAAAAAGUUUAUUUUAUUCUAAUAUUUAUCUCAUUGUCAACGCACUUUUCGCUGUGCACCCACCACAAAUUCGCCAACUCGUCUCGCAUCCCUUAUCAAAUUGUUUGACUCUGACGCCAACGGCAAAAUUAAAAACUCAGUUUAAAAUUGAAGGAAAAGAAGAAAAGACGUCAAGUCAUUUCUGUUAGAACAAAGAGAACUGCAGAACUUGGAAAAUGAACGCGUGACUUACUUGCUAAUACAAAAGACGAUUAGAUUAUUAUCGAGUUGGAAACCGUCUAUAAAUUUAUAACUUUUAUAGUCAAAGUUGUAUAAGUAAGCCGCCUUGUGGGGGAUGAUGUACAUAAACAUAGCUUAAUGGUAAAUGAAUCACAACAUUUAUCACCAGAACACCAUGACGCCUAGUUGGAUUAAGGCGUAAGGACUUUGGCACAACCAUAAUUGGAGACCAUAUCUGUCUGAGCGUUUUCAACCUGUUAGGAGUGUUCUAAAGAAGCUGAUGGUGUCGAGGGGACUCUUGAGCAUUCGGCAGAAAGACUGAACUUAAAAAAGAUGAACAAUUAUUAUUAUAAACCAGACAGAGACGCGAAAAAACACUUCAAAAUUUUCAAUCAACGUAAAACAGCAAUGCGAAUUCAUUAUGUUUGUAAGUGAAAGCUGCCAAGUCAUGACCCGUGUAGGGAAUCACAACUUUGAGUAUGCCACGGAUCGUGUUGAAAAACGUAAUGACGAUCUGGUGGCACUGUGUUCUUUAGCCAAUCUGCGGCUGUGCCACUGUGUUCUGACGGCACCGGGCUCUUGUGCCGCUGUGUUCUGACGGCACCGUGCUCUUGUGCCCCUGUGUUCUGAUGGCAACGUGCUCUUGUGCCGCUGUGUUCUGACGGCACCGUGAUCUUGUGCCACUGUGUUCUGAUGGCACCGUGCUCCUGUAUUUAUUUUAGAUAUGUAUAUAAAAACGGACUCGGGGAGCUCUGACAAAUGUUCAAUUUUCUAUUUUGUGCCACUCUUUUAUUUUGAGUGUGUCACCCGGUGCGCCCCCCCUUUUCCCACACAACCCUUAAUUACGCCACUGCUUGCACCUACCUGUUUGAGCACGCCAGUUUGGGAAACCAUGGCUGUGUUUUGCUGUGGUGUGUCUGUUUGGUUUAGAGAUUUAACUCCGCAAUGACAGAUGAAUUGGGUCGUUAACAAAUAAUUGACGCCACCAAUUCUCUCAUAAUGUAUACAUGUAUUUUCCUUUUUGUAUUUGUUAAUGGAAGUUUAAUUAAUUAAUUAAUUAAUUUUUAAAAAUUUAUUUGAGCAGCGGGCGGCCUCUAUGCUUCGAGAGCGUUUAUCAUGAUUGCAUUCUUCUGUGCCAUCGGUGGAAUGGUGAAUGGCGCCAUCUACUAUCGCAGGUACUUCAUCCAGAGCAUCCCUAACAGGAGAAUGUCGUUAGGAUCUGCUGUACUCUACUUCAUUUCAGGUUGGUAUCGAUUAUUCUUCAAUUAGAAUGUGCUUCAUGAAAAAAAAAAAUGAAGCUAACAGCUGUAGAAUUUAAGAAAAAAAUUAAGUUGACAUUAGGUUUGCAAGUUAAGCUAUUAGGGCUAUAAUGUAUUUGUUUUUAUUUACAUUUAGUCUGAAUAUAACUAAUUGAGAUCAUUAAGAUUGAAGUGUUUACAUUUUAAAACUCAAGUAUUCAGGUCAAAAGAGCGAGUUAAAGUCAAUUUAUUUCAAACUUUUUUCAAAUCUUUAAACGUGGCUGGGUAGAAUUAUGUUUUAAAAUCUUAAUUAAAACUUAUGAUGCAUAGCUGUAGAUUAAAAAUAGAUACAUUAUGCGCCAAACGUAACGGUACUGAAUCUGCCGCAUCUUGAACGCACGGGUGCGUUUGUCAACGGUGCCUAGCUCCAGUCGCCACGUGUUCCCCGAGUUAUCAAGUACGUAUGUUUGGGCAAUCGUUAGUGGAAAUGAGGCUCACUGCCGGAAAAAAAAUUAAUUCAUAGCUGAGCAUUAUUUUGGCUCGUACUGGAAACUGGUCAUGAAGAAGAGCACGGUUUUUGCAAAAAAAAAAAAAAAAAAAGUGGGCAGAACAGUUCCGAGAGAGAUUUAAAAAGACGUCAUUAUGUAUUGUUUGGGCAAUCGUUAGUGGAAAUGAGGCUCACUGCCGGAAAAAAAAUUAAUUAAUAGCUGAGCAUUAUUUUGGCUCGUACUGGAAACUGGUCAUGAAGAAGAGCACGGUUUUUGCAAAAAAAAAAAAAAAAAAGUGGGCAGAACAGUUCCGAGAGAGAUUUAAAAAGACGUCAUUAUGUAACAUGGCACUAAGCAACACGGCUGUGCUGACUAUCGUUUAAGUAAUUUCGCGGUUCUGGUAAGUGUGCUGUCUCUAGCGGAAGGGUGAGACCUGUCGACAAAUGAGAGUCACACACGUGCUCCGCAGUAGACGCUACGUGUGCCCCUACGAAGUCUACGAGAAAACCCAGUUGAAACUGAACAUCAGCGCUACAUGUGUUUGCCGUUUGUCUAAGGACAUAUUUGCAUUUUCGUAACUCUUACAGUGCAAGUUGGAUAACGCCUGAAAAAAAGACACAUCUGCGGGCAAGUGUGGUGCAGGGUGGUGUAUUGUGGAGCAUUUUUGGCUCAUGAUGUAAGAGAAUCUAUAAUCAUUUUUACAAGUCCCAUUCACUUGAACGGCCGCACUAAUCGCAUGACAACUCGCUUCUUUGGGUUUGAGUGUCCCACAUGUUAUUGUCCAGACACCGCUACACAGUACACGCAUGACGUCACGGUGUGUUGUCACUUCAGCACACGGUUUAUUAGUCCCCUGUUUCCUUGGGGUUGAUGAAGGCAACGCUCGGACCGUCACCCAAGAACGAUACAGGGGGGCAUGGCGAUUGAAAACAUUUCUAUGCAAUCUGAGCAGGUUCUGUUGGCCAAGGAACAUUCACGUCAUGAGUGGACAAAAUGGUAUCAAAAUGACGGGGAGACUGGAAAAAAUCUCUCGAGAAGCUAUUGCCCCAGCUGCAGAAAAAACUUUCUUGGACGUGUAACUGGAUUCCGUGUUAAGUCUCCCUUCCGCGGUAUUGCUCCAACUGAUGGCUAGUUGUGGGAAAAGUUCUAGGAGAGUGUGUUCAUCUGUGAAGAUCCCCAAGGGAACAGUGUCUGCAUUACGCGAGAAAAUUGUCUCCUUUCGCUAGAGUCCUUAGCAAACAUUGUUCAGUGAUAUGUUUGGAAAUCUACACCAGCGAUAUGUUCAUAUGAGCAAUGUUUAAACUCUACCGCGAGGCGGGGGCCACACUACGAACAUCUACGUUUUGAAUUAACACAUUACCAUGUAAGUGUGUUAGUUUUCUUUCAGGAGAAAGACAUUUACAGAUAACAACAAGGAAAUAUUGCUCUUUUCUUUAAAAAAAUUUUUUUUUUUAGUUAUCCUACAGUUACUUUUGGCGCGUUCUGUAUGGUUAAAAAUGAAAACAAAGAAACAAAAUAAAACACCACACACAUUUCACUUCAAAAUGAAUUGAAAUACACGUUAUCACUUUUAGACACCUUUGAUAAAAAUAUUCACCUUGAAGAGAAACACCUUGAACUCAAUAUUCAUGUUUUUUUUCCCCUCCCUUUCCCUACCCAGCGGGCUGCUGUUUUGCGGGCUCCAUCAUCUUCGUCACGGCCGGCCUGCGAGAGAUGACGGUGUACCUGUAUUUGCUGGUGGGCAACCGAUUCGACUUCACGGUCACCUACAGCCUGGGCGUGGCCAUCGUGGGGGCCCUGGGCAGUGCCGGGGCAGGGGCUCUCACGUUGAUCCACUUGCAGAAGGAAGCCGGACCACAGGGCACGAUCAUCACCCACAGCUAACUCAGUUUGAGAACUGCUGUUACAAAAAAAAAAGAGUCUCCCCUCCUUGUUUUACGAGUUAUGUUUAAACGCAGCCCUUUCUAUUUUCAUACAACGAAAUUUUUAGGUCAUUGCUUAAACCACGGCAACACGGUACGCCUGGAGAGAGAUAGGCUUAAAAAAAAAAAUUAAAUUUGUUUGUCUUCUAGCCUGUACAUUUUUUUCAUUUUUUAAAAAUAAAUUUUAUCACGUUUAUUCAAUAAUAUUUAUUGUUCAUCAUGUUCAUUCAAUGUCACAUUAGGAAAUGGCGUCGGCGGUCCGUCGAGCUAGUGCUAUUUAUGCUCUCCCCAUAGCACGCCCCCCCCCACUAGCCCGGUAUCGGGCCUCGAAGCGGCACGUUGGAGAUGUCCCCUUGCCAGGACAGCCCCCAACCGAGUCCGCGCGAUCGGGUUCCACUGGGGGCCGCCCCAGCCCAAAGACACCCGGUCGGUCCGACACUGUGUUUGCACAUUCAAUACUUUUUUGUUAUUUUUAUUUCACCAUGUUCAUUCAAUAAUUUGUGUAAAAUUUGAAAUUUGAGCGUUCUUGUCCAUGUAAACUAUAUUAUUAUGAGCCACAGAAAGUAUUACUGUUCCGUGGCCAUCGGUGUAACUAAUAAUUCCAGACGGUAAUUAUUUUAAAAUUUAAUGUUCGGUGAUGUAGUUAGGCGGAAAAAGAUGAAUACAAUACAGUUGAUAGAAAGUCUUGAUGGGAAAACUUGUAGCUACAGGCAUUAUAAAUACACCGAUCUGAAAAGGGUGGUAGGAAAGAGGGGUGAACCAGUGCAGAGGAAAAUAAUGGCACGAGCUAGGGAACACUUGUUGAAAAACGUUAACAUUUUUAAAACAAAAAAAAAAAACUGAACCCCAUCACACCUAAGCACCUAAUAUAAAGUAUUGGUACCAAUACAUUGUUUUUAGGGGUUGUUUCAUGUAAGUUUCAUUUCUCGGGUUUUUAAUAUUAGAGAUUACACAGUUCAUCCAAGAAAUCGAAAGUCGGUGUGGUUGUAAAAUAUGGUAUUCAGUCAGUGUGUAAUUGCAUAAAUUUAUUGUAAGUAAACUUUUUAAUCGUGUAUUUAUUUUCCAUGUUUUUUUGUCUUCAUGUAACGAUCACAUUUAUGUCAUUGUCGUUUAUGAAUCAUGUUUACCGACACUCAAUUAAACUGCUAGUGAUGUUUUUAAGG